AAGUAGCUGGCGCAGCAGUCCGCUGACUGUUGAGUCAACAGCAGCAAGAGAGCGAGACACACACACACACACACACCGACACACACAACAGAUGCAAUGACACGGGCACCGGACCGCUCCUUCGACGACUGACAAUCCCCUCCCAAAGAUUUUAUUUUUGUGCGUUUGCUUAGACAUUUAUACAAAUUGAUCGCUGAAUGCGUCCAUACUUGUGCGAGCGAGUGAGCUUGCUGCUGAUUUCGAUCGAACUUGCUGCAAGCUAGCUGUUAGCUGGCUGGCUAGCUGCUAACCCUGCAGGCAUCCAAGUGGCCGCACAAAACAUGUGGAUCGUCGCGGCGGAGACCCCCGGGACCACUCUAGCUUUACUCCGCGGGACGCGAGUUUCAAGCGGCCGCUGACUGGACGCCACCAAAGCCUCUGUGGAGGAGAAAGAGCAACAAAUCUCCAGGACCAGAUUGCCCUCCCAACUUUUUGCCUCUCAGACAGACGGCGUGGGACCAUGCUGACCAUCCUCGCUGCUGGCUCCGUCUUCUUUCCGGGCCUCUUCCUUCUGUCCAAGCAGUGUCUCAAGUCCAUCCCGGCGCUGCGAUGGAGCGAAGGCGACGCCGUCAUCGUGUCGGCAAGGUUGGUGUCGUCGAUUCAGGCGGUCAUGGCUUCUUCAGCCGGCUACAUAAUCGCUUCUUCCUGCGAUGACAUCAUCGAGGAUCAGCACUGGCUGACCAGCAGUUACAUCUUGUUUGCCGUUCCCUACUUCGUGUACGACAUCUACGCCAUGUUCAUGUGCUACUGGUACAAGCUGAGGGUCAAAGGGCACGAGGAGGCCUCGGCCGCCCCCCUGCACGUGGCGUCGGCGCUGACUAGCUACCUGCGCCGCGAGUUCCUCAUGGUGUUACACCACGUCGUCAUGGUUACCGUCUGCUUCCCCGUUUCUGUGUUUGUGCGUCAAGGAAAGGGAGAUUAUUUCCAGGGCAUCAUGUUCAUGGCCGAGCUCAGCACUCCGUCGGUCUGCUUAGGAAAGAUUCUCAUCCAGUACAAACAGCAACACACACUCCUGCACAAAGUGAACGGGGCUCUUAUGCUGAUCACUUUUUUCAUCUGUCGAGUCCUCCUCUUCCCUUACCUCUACUACGUCUAUGGAAGGUACGCCUCCAUUCCGUUCCACUUGGUCCCCCUGUCGGUGCCCUGGCACACUAACCUCGGGGCCGCCCUGCUCAUGGCGCCGCAGCUCUAUUGGUUCUGUCUCAUUUGUCGGGGCGCCCUGCGACUCUUCAUGGGCACCUCCCGCUCCCAGAGACGGCGCGCGGCCACCACGGACGGCGGCGCGGCGGCGGCCCAGUCAGCCAACGGCUUCCGAGUGCCCUCCGCCGAGCCCGACUUGGCCACCCACUGAGAGGAGUCGGGGGCGGGCGUGGCAGGAAAGGGGGGCGUGGGGGGGGAGGCGAAUGUACCAAUGUCACGGGGUGGGGAGACAAGUAGCAAAGCGGCGAAGGUUAAAAGGCUACAGACGAUGUCCUCAAAUAGCGCUGGAGUCUUUGCAGGCCGCUCGCAGCAACCGCCGGGAAAGUCGGCUUUGCUGGCCUUCAAGCACUUCAGCCUCUCACUUUGUAGGCGUAAACACAAGAGUGCUGUCGCUCUCUGAUGAUGUCAUCGGGGCACUGUGACAGGAAGGAACGCGCACUGACCUGAGAGGAUUUAGCCUGGAUGUAUAGCAAAGCAUAGGCCACCUUUUUCCUUCAUGUAGAUCAAAUCGUGACCUCGCGGGAAGAGCAGGUCCGUAGGAAUGUAUUAUAGUGUAUGUUAGAACAUUUGCUGUAGACGGAUGGCAGUUAUAGCAACCGAGACGACCAAAAAAAAAAAAAAAAAAACCUGCUGAAGGAAAUUCCGGCUUCUUAGUGUUUCUCUGUAUCCUCUAUGUAGUCACUGUCACUCUAACAUGGACGAGCAACCCACAGACUGGGAGAUCAUCUCGUAGGACUGCAUUCUGCUGCCUUAUCCCCCUUUUUCCACAAUUUUGCUCUUUGUUUGAUUUUCAUCCUCAGAGGAGACGGGGACAAAUGUGACGGGUGUACAUAGCGCCGAUUUCCAUGUCAGUGUUAGGGCAGUGUUCCGUUUUAAAAAAAAUAAUGUUUUCAUUUAGUGUUGAUCAAGGACGCCUCACCUCCGUCGGUUUACACAAACGAGCCCCGAUUCCCUCGCGCAGCUACGUGUAGAUACGACGUCAUUCCGAUGAUCGCAAACGCAACAGGGCACACUUUGAAAGGAUGGGCGCUGGAGUUGCUGAGCUAAAAGAAAAUAUUUGUUCAGUUGGCCAAAAUAUCUCGCGCAUGGUCAUUUCUAAUAUUGUCAAAAGGCAUUAUUAAGGGACCCCCGCCAUGUUGCACUUUGAAGGGGAAACAGUAUUGUGGGGAAACAUUCCCUCGUAAUUUACACGCAGCCCGGAGUCACAAAAACAAACAUUUAUCCAUUUCAGUGUUUUUAAUUUAUGUAUUUAUUUUGCGACUUUUUACAUUGUGCAAAUUGCACCGCAGGUUCUAUGAACCUUGGUUUGUUUUUUUUGUUUUUUUUAAACAGACCGGCUGGCUUAGUCACUUUAAUGUGUUGGUUUUAAAGUUGCAGCUGCACUCCCUUGGAAAUGGGUCAUGGCUAAAAAAAAUAUAUAUAAUAAUAUAUAAAAGGAGAGAAAUGCGUGCCAAAACAUCUGGAAUACUAACCGGGCAUGUCGAACACAUUACCCACCCCUCCCUUCAGCCCCAGCUCAACCCGAACGUACCGUAUAUUCCACCAAAUGCUUAUUUAUUUGUAAGUAUGUAUUUAUUUAUUUAUUUGGUUUGUGGUUCUGAAUGCAUAUUUAUGCAUCCGUAUUAUACUCGAUGCUUCGGAGCCUGAUGUGAAGGCCGUAAUGUUACUCAAACUUAAUCGGAAAUAUACUUCUCUGUCCUGAUUGUC